AGACACUGUGUCUAUGAGAAGAUAAUAUGCAUAUGGAAAACACCAUUUUAAAAUACACAUAGCAAAUCCAGCUUCUCACGCCCCAUACCCCAUGAAACCAAGAUCACAAAUAUUAGGGAUUUGUGGAAGGAAUUGCUGGUCAGGGAAAUGGCCCUAUCUGUAUUAUACUCUGUUGUUCCCAGGAGGGUUCUUUCCAGCAUUUACGCCGGCGAAUUCAAGGUCUCCUCCUUCGGAAAACUCUUCUUGCCUCCAAUUUCACCCCUUCCCUACCACAGAUUUCGGCGUCGUUGCCGGAGCGCCGCCGCAACUGCGUUGCCGGCGGAUGCUUCGACUUCCGUAGAUUAUAAAGAAAGACAGCUAAGCGGAAGCCCUAAGCUCGUUGCAUUGGAAUACGCUGAUCUCAAUCUCACUGAUAAGUCCUGCGAGGAAAUCGGUCAUGUCCGAAUAAGGCAACAUGUUAACCCUUUGCGCUCUUCCCUCAUGGCUCCUGCAGAAGCACCAAACUGGGAUGAGGUGUAUAAGGACACAUCAUUGCCGCUGAUGGUGGAUAUAGGAAGUGGCGGUGGCAGAUUUCUGUUGUAUCUUGCUAAGCAAUAUCCCAAAUCCAAAAACUACCUGGGAUUUGAAAUUCGGCCAAAACUGGUUACUCGUGCAGUGCACUGGGCGAGCGAGCUAGGUCUCAGAAACAUACAUUUCAUGUUUGCAAAUGCCACAGUUUCUUUUGGGACAGUUGUAUCUACAUAUCCUGGGCCUUUACUAUUGGUUUCUGUCUUGUGCCCUGACCCUCAUUUCAAAAAGAAGCAUCAUAAGAGAAGAGUCGUGCAAAAGCCAUUAGUUCAGUCCAUAGUUGAUCGUUUAACACUACGUGGUCAGGUCUUCAUACAAUCUGAUGUGCUGGAAGUGGCUAAUGACAUGAGAGAUUGUUUUGAUGGGGUUCCGAAGCUUCUUCACGCGGACGCCAUUGAUUCUAAUGUGCUCUGUGACAGUGAUGGAUGGGUAUUGAACAAUCCCAUGGGGAUAAGAACUGAAAGGGAGAUUCAUGCAGAAUUUGAAGGGUCCAGAAUUUACAGAAGGUUAUAUGAAAAGGUUGGUGACUGAUUCUGAAGCAUUUCUUCAAGCUGAUAUUCUUUUUGAAGGGGAUUCCGACAUUUCCCAGAUCCUUCUCGUCCAAACGGAUCCUUACUCGUUACAUCGUCCAAACAAUGCAUUUGGUUCCGGAAUCAGGGGUGUCUUGAGAACAGUAUCUCUACUUACAAGUAGGGGUUCGUGUACCAAACAGAGAAGCAGGGAUUGAAUGCGCCGAAUCUUUCUCAACUUCUGCGUUCGGAUCCAACACUUUAUAUUUGUCUGAUCUUUUCAAGGGCGCAAAGUGCUAAAACAACAUUUUUAUCGUGCAACGCAGAAGUAUGAAGGUAAUAAGUAAUAACAGAUAAAUAAAGACAAAAUUAAAGAUGUUAAAUCAAAGAACAAAUAUAUCUUAACAUUAGAAUUUGACAUCGAAGUCUCAUGUUAUUCGCAGACAUACUCAAAUAAUAAUUAUCAAUGCACAGA